GAGCCUCCAUAAGUCAAUGAGAAUUUAUAUAUGGCUAUAAUACUAGGCGUUAAUAUGUUAUACACAUCAAUUUCAGCUUAUUUAAAGAGAUAACCAUGGUGUGCAAAGGGUUAAUGGUGGUGUCCAUCACAUUGUGAUCACACAUUUUCCUACUACAGUGUGUAUGUACAUACUGUAUGUGUCUCUCUCUUGAUUUAUUCCCUCUCCCCCUCUCUUUAUCUCUUUAUUGCCUUCUUGCCUUCUCUCUCUCCUUCCCCUCUCCCCUGCACCCAGAACUUCCCUACAACGACUACUUCGAGUACUAUGGACCGGACUUCAAACUCCACAUCAGUCCCACCAACAUGACCAAUCAGAACACACCUGAAUACCUCAACAAGAUCAAAGCUCGACUGUUUGAGAACCUGAGACUCAUUCCUCAUGCUCCCAGUGUCCCCAUGCAAUCCAUCCCAGAGGACAUGAUCCAGGACCCAGAACCAACUGAGGAUGAUCCUGACGAGAGGAUUCCACAGCAUGUCCAGGACAAGAUGAUAGCCAGAGAAGAGGAUCUCUCUGACAGCGAGGACGAGGGAGACGGCCGACGCAACGAGAGUGUCGGUCACCACGACAACAAUCAAUUGCGUCUGGCCGACGAGGGGGGAGACAAUUAGGCCCCUGCCAAAAUAGAAACCUUACCCAUUCUUACACAUUGUUUUGUUCCUUAUUUAGUAGUUUAGCCUAUGAAAUAGAACAUUCCCAUUAAAUACCCUCCUUUACAAAGUGUAUGCUUAGUGUACACUUAGGAGUAACAUUAUGUCAUACUCAUCACUGUAAGUUGUAGAUGCCAAGUCCAUGGAAACUAGAGAGUCACGGAGGCCCUGAGAGCUGUCGGCAUUCUAGCACAGCUAUGACGCAACUAAGGGCCCCCAAGGUUGGGUGCUAUAAUGCUCAUAGUUUCCAUGGACAAGGCAGCGUGUGCCCACAUCAGUGCAGCUUAAAUGGUGAACGAGCCUCCCCUCCUUUCACCAUUUCUUCCCUGCUAUAACUGUCACUGCAGGUGGAGGGAGCAUCCAGAGUCCCGUACCCCCGGAGCCAUCUCCCAUCACCCCCAGUCCUCUGGUCACACCACACAGCCAGGAGAGCAAGGCUGAGACUGCCCAGGAGAAGACUGGCUCAUGAAUUGAAGUAGAGACACA